AAGUUCGGAACUAAAAUGCAGGCGGAACUAUUUUGCGGUGAUCUGGAGUUCCGGUCGGAGCGGAAAGCGCGUGCACACAGCGUGGAGCAGAGUAUCAUGGCGUGUGUGAAGAGUCAGCAGUGUUCAGUGUGGGUCGGAACCGAGACUGGCAUCCUGAAGGGUGUGUGUGUGAGCAGAAAGCAGGUGUAUAAUUUCUGUGAGAUGCGCAGUCUGACCCGAGACGAAGAAAUCUGCACCAUCACUUGGGGGGACGAGCACGAGACUGAGGUGUUAAUAGGGAGUGUUAAUGGCAGAGUGAAGACGUUCAGUACAGAGAAGGGAAUAUUCACUGAGAGUCGAGAGUGUGCAGAUUUAACACAUGGACGAUUCACCGGCAUCGCUGUCACUGACAGGUCUUUAAUAACGUGUGUGGAGUCUGGAUUGUUGAAGGUUUGGCCUGAAGCAGGCAAGGAGACAGUGGAAAUAAACGUGGGGGGCGGAGUGUGCCGGAUGAAACAGAACCAAUCAGAGCACCACCGUGUGGCCACAGGGGGAAAGGAGAACCCACUGAAAGUAUGGGACCUCCAGAGACCAGACACACCCAUCUUCAUUGCCAAAAAUGUUGCUAACGACUGGCUGGAUUUGCGUGUCCCUGUGUGGGUUCGAGACAUUGCCUUUCUCACACACUCCAACAAGAUUAUCACCUGCACAGGUCACCAUCAGGUGCGUGUUUAUGACCCAUCAUGCCAGAGGAGGCCUGUGCUGGAGUCAAAGUUUGGUGAGGUUCCUCUGACUGCUCUCUCCGUACCGUCUGGUGAGAACAGUGUGGUGGUUGGGAACACACACGGCCAAAUCGCCAUCCUCGACCUACGAAAAGGUCUGGUGCGUGGGUGUAUGAAGGGUGUGGCAGGUAGUGUGAGGGGGCUGCAGUGUCACCCAUCAUUGCCCCUUGUAGCCUCCUGUGGCCUCGACAGAUUCCUACGCAUACACAACCUGCAGGACAGAACAAUAAUGCACAAGGUGUAUAUGAAGUCCCGAUUGAACUGUGUGUUGCUCUCCAGUAAAGAUCUGCAGCAGUGUGUUACAGAUGAGGAUAAGCAGCUGGAGGAGAUUAAGACAGAAGUGGAUGAGGUCUGGGACGCCAUGGAAACAGUGACUGAGAAGAGCAACAAAAGAGCAGCCCAAGAUGAGCAGGAAGUUCAAGAAGUGACAGAAAAAGACAAGAAGAAAAAUAAAAGAACAAAAGAGUGACCACGGAUUUCUUGCUGAUGUGUGUGUGUGUGUGUGUCUGUCAGGAGGAUAUGUUGACUUUGGUUUUUGGUUCUCUUUAAGGUUCUCUGGGUUUUUCCUCUGGCUUUAGUCCAGUGGAAGUUCUCCUGCAGUGCCUAUCAUGACCAUUAGGGAUCAGUAUCAUCAUGCCCCUGCACAUAAAUAAGUGUGAGGCUCGAGUGGAACGCAAACUUUUCUGAAAUUACUGGAUUUUUAUCACUAUAAAGUUUCCUGUGUACGUUUUCUGAAUAAAUCGCUUUUGUCCAGCGUAA